CUAAAAAUGAAGACGUUUCUGCUGCGGAUCCAUUUUCGGAACGCCGCCGCGCUCGUCACCUUCACCACCGCCUUCCUCCUCCGCUUUCCGCCGUCUCUCGCCGACGAUGAAGAUUCACCGCCUUCCUCCGCUUUCCGCCGUCUCUCCGACAAUAGCGACGACAUCAAAAAGAAGAUUAUCAUUGGCACAUGCACUGGUUUUGGAGCCUUGCUUUUAACCUUACUUGUUCUUGGCGUCUGCUACCGAUGGCGCCAGCUCCGUCGUAAAAGGUCUCACAUGCUGCCAUACGUGCAACGGAGCGUUCUCUCGAAUCCACCGUCCGUGGAAGAAGCUGAGAAUGGAGGUACCUACUUGGGCGUUCACCUCUUCUCCUAUAAAGAACUUGAAGAAGCCACGAACCAUUUCGACUCCAACAAAGAGCUCGGUGAUGGAGGCUUUGGCACAGUGCAUUAUGGCUUACUCAAAGACGGGCGUGCCGUUGCUGUCAAACGGUUGUUCGAAAGCAAUUUCAAGAGAGUUGAGCAGUUCAUGAAUGAGGUCGGGAUCCUCGCACGUUUACGCCACCACAACCUCGUUUCACUUUACGGUUGUACCUCGAGCAACAGCCGCGAGCUUCUGCUCGUGUAUGAAUACGUUCCGAACGGUACGGUGGCUGAUCACCUCCAUGGAAAACUAGAAAAGCCAGGCAAGCUUCCAUGGUCUACAAGAAUGAAGAUUGCUAUAGAAACUGCAAGUGCUUUAGUGUAUCUCCAUGCUUCUGAAAUCAUCCACCGCGAUGUCAAAACCAACAACAUCCUCCUCGACAACCACUACUCCGUUAAAGUAGCCGAUUUCGGGUUAUCCCGCCUCUUCCCACUCGACGUCACGCACGUGUCAACCGCUCCACAAGGCACUCCCGGCUAUGUCGACCCGGAGUACCAUCAGUGCUACCAACUCUCUGAUAAAAGCGAUGUCUUCAGCUUCGGCGUCGUACUUGUUGAACUCAUGUCCUCAAUGCCUGCUGUUGACAUCACAAGACAUAGACAAGAGAUCAACCUGUUCAACAUGGCCAUCAACAAGAUCCAAAGCCACGCAUUACACGAGCUCGUCGACCCAUCACUCGGUUUCGAAUCAGACUACAAAAUCAAAGACAUGAUAACGAGCGUCGCAGAGGUCGCAUUUCGAUGCCUGCAGAGCAUGAAAGACGAGAGGCCAACAAUGAUGGAAGUUCUCGACAGUCUAAACGCCAUACAGAAUCGAAACAGCGAUGCUGUGCAGGAGCAAACAAGAGGAGCCUAUUCAAGGAAUUGGGCAUGAAUUUCCUGGCAAACAAAUGGCAUACAUUGGUGUCAGCUCCAUUGUACCGGCAAUGGCUGCCAGUCCUCAGUCUUUGGAGCAAGCCAACGUUGACAUCCAUUCUAUUGAACUUGGUGGGG